AUGAAGAACUCAAAGCAGCUGAGAGGGUCCAGUUCAAUGCACACACCGUCAGACUUCCCUGUGACAGAAAGGCAAAUACAGGUGGAGUUCUACAGGCUGCAGAAACAGCUCCAGAUAGCUGUGGAGAAGAGAAAAUCUUUCGGUGCCAGCACGAGACAACAAAUGCAAACUCAGGAGAAAGAAAUCCAGUCACUGAAGCAAGAACACCAAGAGGUGUCAUUAAUACUGAGCAAGAUCAGGUCCCUGAGAAACGCGAUUCACGAUGACAGAAACUGCAAGGAGCUGAAAAGCCUUCUGCAGACCAAGGAUCAGUAUGAUUGUCUGAUUAGAGAUAGAAAAGCCCUGGUGUCUGAGCUGGACAAUGAGAUCCUAGAGCUGCAAAAGAAGGUUGAAAGGCAAAAUGUGAUAACAAAGAAAGUGAAGCAAGCAAACUGCAGCAAAUGGCUGCAAAACCAGACUCAGACACUGGAAUUGCAUCUGAACAACGUCACCGUGUGUUUUGAUACCAUCCUGACCACCAAUAAUAAGCUCCAAGAAGAGAUCGAAAGCCUUCGAAUUCAGAAAGCCACUUUGGAUAACUUCUACUCAAAGCUCCAUAAGCACCUGGCCCAGCAGAAAAGGAGGAUGGACACUGCCAUAGAGCAGGCCACGCAGGCACACAAGCAGCGGGUAGAGUACCUGGCAAGGAUUGCAGCCAUGAAUGAAAGGCACAGACAAAACACUGCCCAGUACAACAUUGAGCUGCAGGAACGAGAACGGAUCCGUGAGCAGGAGAACAAGCUGAAAACCUUUGUGCUUGCCAAAUAUACAGAUCGCUCUGAAAUGGAGGAACAGGCCAAAAAGAAGGAAGCCUUGAAGGCAGCCCAGCGCAUGAAGCGAAGCCAAGGGGAAAGCUUUGAGAGCCGGGAGGUGACAUACAAGAGACUGCUGGAGCUGGCAGAGAAUGGGAAUAUCGACCAGCUUGUGGAUGGUUUCAUUGAAAAGGAGGGGAAGAAUUUUGCCUACUUCAGCUACGCCACAGAGCUGAACAGCGAGAUGGAGAAGCUGCAGCAGAGGAUCAAGAACCUCCAGAAUGAAAUCGCUUUCUUCACAACUGACCAGGAGAACACAGAGGCCAGCAGCCUUCAUGUCCUGAAGGAAUUAGAGGAAGAGCUCAGUCAAAACACCAAGAAAGCCAAUGACUAUGAAGACAGAUGCAAAGAAGGCAGCAAAGUCCUCGGCCAGCUCAAAUCUGCCAUUGAGGUCCUGUUCAAAGAGAACAACUGUGAUGCUACAAAGAUCAGAGAGCAACUUGGAGACAAGGGGCAGAUCACAGACUUGAAUCUGAUGCAAUAUUUGGGUCUGGUGGAGAAGAAGACCAACGAGCUGCUACUGAUGGAGUCGAUCCUGCUCUACACAGAGGCUGAUGAUGGCUCACUAACAGCCCAGUCCUUUGACAACCCUCUGCUGGGUGGUACCAAGCUCCUACAUGGCAUGGAUCGUGCCCACCUCUGCCCACCACCUCCCGCCCUGCUAGGUGCCAUUGAUGCUGCUGAUGCCUUUGAGGCACCGCUGGACCACGCACAGCUGCGUGAGCUGCUUCUCCCGAAAUACGAGCAAGGCAGUGCUGUCAGAGCAGACAAGAAGGGGAGGAACGACAUCAAGGCAUGA